CGGCCAGUCCCCCCCAGUUUCCCUCCGCUGCGUCAAGUUCUUGUAGUACAUGCAGAAGUUCCGGGCCUCGGGGCAGCUGGAGAGCGUCAUCCGGAAGGCGUUCCAGACGCUGGACAAGGACAAGAGCGGCUUCAACGAGUGGAACGAGAUCAAGUACACCCUGUCUGCCAUCCCCAGUGCCGGGUCCAUAGCCCCCCUGACGGACGAGGAGGCUGAGGCCGUCACCCAGGUGGCCGACACGGAUGGGGACGGGAGAAUCGACUUCGAAGGUGGGGCAGCCCUGAUGCGAGGGGCCGGGGGCCCCUCCGGACCUUCCUGCCCCUCCCUGUCCCUCGUCCUCAGGCAGUUUGCACCCCGGCCAGCGCCUGUCUCAGGGUGGGGCUGACCAGGCUCCCCACAGCCAGGCGUGGACCCCCUCCCCCUAAACUCACAGCCCCCUCUGGUUGCCAUCAUCCCACCCCCCCAUGAGGAGGCGGAGCCUCAGGGAUGCUGAGCGGGGUGGGGUGUUUCACUGGACCUAGGGAGCUGCUGGAGGUUUCUGAGCAGAGGAGACUCCCAAGCCAGCUUUGGGGGAGCACAUUAGAUGGGGGGGUUCCAAAACGGGGCCAGAGGGAGGUUUGAGGCAGGGACCAGGGCCUGAGGAGCUGCAGAGAGGGACCAGAAGGAAGGAGUUGGGGUGGGCGGAGAGAUGCGACCCUGGGGAACGGGUGUGAGUUGAGCAGGGGGCAGGGGCAGGGCAGGCGUUGCCCAGGAGGGGUUGCCCUGCAUUUGCAGGGUGGUAGCCCCUCCCUGAGGCUCCCCACGGCUGCCUGAUCAUCAUCCUGCUGCCCAGCCACCCCAGCUGCUGACCCCAAGCCUGGAGGGUGGCCCUAGGAACAGGAGAGCAGGGCUCAGAGCCCCAGACCAACUGGCCUGCUGACACCCCUGCCAGCUGGGGGCCGUCCUCACCCUCUACUUCCUGCCUGCAAAUACCAGGAAAGCUUGCCUUGCAGGUGGACUCAAGACUUCCCACGGGGGCAGCUGGGCCAGGGAGACCAUUAGGACGCAGCCUCUCAGCGCCUCAGUUUCCCCACUGGAGGUGGGGCGAUCACAGGAGAACCAGCUCCGAGACUCUGAGGGGAGCCCCUGGGGGUUCAUCGUGAGACCCACAGGCGCAGGCGCAGGCACAGGACAGUUCGAGCAGCCAAGCUCUGGUGUUUCCUGCCGCCCUGCCUGCAGCGCUCAGGAGGGCGGAAUGCAGGGCCCCCGGUACCAUGGGGUCUCCCAUUGUAAGGGAGGCUCCCCUGCAAGGCUGCGGGCCAAAGGCCAGGGGGGUUACUUACUAGAAAUCUGUCUCCUGCUCUAGAAUUUUCCGAAUUGAUCAAAAAGGAGAAAAUUCCAAAGAAGAAGUAGCACCACACUCAGCCCCAGCCAAUGAGCGUCCCCAAGAGGCGCCACGGGAUACACGCAUGCCCCGUGGAGAAGGCCGUGGGGUGGACGCAGCUUGUGCC